CUGGCCAAGGACCUGCUGCACCCCUCCCCGGAGGAGGAGAAGCGUAAGCACAAGAAGAAGCGCCUGGUGCAGAGCCCCAACUCCUACUUCAUGGACGUCAAGUGCCCAGGCUGCUACAAGAUCACCACCGUGUUCAGCCACGCGCAGACCGUGGUGCUCUGCGUGGGCUGCUCCACCGUGCUGUGCCAGCCCACGGGCGGCAAGGCUCGCCUCACAGAAGGAUGCUCCUUCCGAAGAAAGCAGCAUUAAGCCCCCGGCGCCGGGAUGGCUGGGGCUACGCGCACAGCGCGGGCCGCACCGCACGGAGGUGACCACGGAGCCACGCGCCCGGGGCCGGGGGAGGCCGCCCGGGAGCGUGACUUGAACUGUCCCUGUAGCCCCACUCAUCUUGCUGUCAAUAAAUUUUGGAUAAAACAGA